AUGGGUGCCAACGACACGCCGGCUUCCACCUUCAGGUACAACGAGAAGCCAGUGUACACCACCUCCAAUGGCGCCCCCAUUGAGAACCCUGAGGGCUGGCAGCGGCCCGGUACCAUUGGGCCCCUGCUGCUCCAGGACUUUCACUUGAUCGAUACCCUCGCCCACUUUGACCGCGAGCGUAUUCCCGAACGUGUCGUCCAUGCAAAGGGUGCUGGCGCAUAUGGCGUGUUUGAGGUCACCCAUGACACCAGCGACCUCUCGUCCAUCAACAUGUUCGACACUGUUGGCAAGAAAACCAACUGCGUUGUCCGCUUCUCAACCGUUGGCGGCGAAAAGGGCUCAGCCGACACUGCUCGUGAUCCCCGUGGCUUUGCCUUGAAGUUUUACACAGAGGAGGGCAACUGGGACUGGGUAUACAACAACACCCCCGUCUUCUUCAUCCGUGAUCCUACCAAGUUCCCACUCUUCAUCCAUACCCAGAAGCGAAAUCCACAAACAAACCUCAAAGAUGCUACCAUGUUCUGGGAUUACCUCUCUACCCACCAAGAGGCUAUCCAUCAGGUCAUGACCCUGUUCUCCGACCGAGGCACUCCCUACUCAUACAGGCACAUGAACGGAUACUCAGGUCACACCCACAAGUGGACUAAGCCUGAUGGGUCUUUUGUUUAUACUCAGGUCCACCUCAAGACUGAUCAGGGCAUCAAGACGUUUACUGGUGAAGAGGCUGCCAAGAUGUCUGCCGAGAACCCAGACUGGAAUACUCAAGAUCUCUUUGAGUCUAUUCAGAAGGGAGAGUAUCCCAGCUGGACCGUCUAUGUCCAGGUUCUCACCCCUGAGGAAGCCGAGAAGUUCAAGUGGAACAUUUUCGAUUUGACCAAGGUUUGGCCUCAGAAGGACGUACCCCUGAGACCGUUUGGCAAACUUACUCUCAACAAAAACCCCGAAAACUACUUCGCCGAGAUCGAGCAGGUUGCCUUCUCUCCCUCUCAUUUGGUGCCCGGUGUUGAGCCUUCCAUCGACCCUGUGUUGCAAUCUCGACUGUUCUCCUACCCCGACACCCAUCGUCACCGUCUGGGUACCAAUUAUCAGCAGAUUCCUGUCAAUGCGCCCCUCAAGGCAUUUAACCCCUUCCAGCGUGAUGGCGCCAUGGCCAUCAAUGGCAACUAUGGUGCCAAUCCUAACUAUCCUAGCUCUUACAGACAGUUGACUUACAAGGCCGUCAAGCCUUCCGUCACUCAUGAGUCGUGGUCCGGCGCUGCCGUCCAUGAGCUCUUCCAGGAAGUCAACGAUGAUGAUUUCGUGCAAGCAAAGGGUCUCUGGGAUGUGCUCGGCCGUACGCCUGGCCAGCAGGAGAACUUUAUCUCAAACGUUUCCGGUCAUCUCGCCGCCGCUCACCAAGACACUCGUACCAGAACCUACGAGAUGUUCUCAAAGGUGGAUGCUGAUUUGGGCAGCUCCAUUAAGGAGCAGACGGAGAAACUUGUCAAAUAA